CGAGGGGGACCCGGCAGUCUCCGCUGGUACACCGAGCUGCGUGUUACCUCGUUCCUCGAUUACUGUAUCACGUUCUCGCCAUAAUCAGCGUCGACGCGCGUCCGAUCUGACAGCUCUUGUGGUACAGUCGCGGCUUCACGUCGUCGUAACACGCGCGCGCAUACACACACACACACACACACACUCACACUCACACUCACAACACACCCUAUAUAUAUAUACACAUUUUUACACACGACUCACAGAUACACACGCUGGUGACCGAAGAACGCGAUCCAACCCCGUGACACACGCGCAUCGUGUGCAUAGAAGAUCGUUUGCGGGCACAUCGGACGCGAACGAAGAUAAAAGAGAGUUGGAGCAGUGCGAAGACGGGCACAAAGCGUGAUCGGGGGCCAAAGUGAACAGGGAUACGGGACGAGAUACUAGGUGGUGUGAGAGCCAGGUGCACGGUCCCCGUUUCGUCUAGACGUCAUCGAGGAGUAACACGUGCAGAUCGAGCAACGUGUGUGACUUGAAACGGCGACCAAGCACGACAAAAGCGCGCAAGGAAAUUACCGAGAGGAAUAGUGGAUAAACGUCCAAUAGGAUAUUCCAAGGGUAUUACGGAACUAGUGAUCUUCCACUGACGUCACUUGGUGCUUUCGUGCUUCAACGGAGCAACCAGAAUAGUGUGUUAGCUGGCCUGACAGAGACACAUUUAACAAUCAGAGGGUGGGUUUAACGAACGAGCAGCACCGUAGCCAAAGUUCCGAGCCACUGUCGACCCUGGUGUCGUCGAGUGGCUGAUCGUCGAGUAACAGCGACGCGUUUGCAGCAAGACGGCCGAUCGUGUGAACGUGCUGCAUAAUAUUCCGCGGCUGCCACGUCCAGCAACAGCCCGAAGAUUCUCCCAGCAAAGGCCAAGAUGCACAUCGAGGUGCAGGUGGCGCUCAACUUCGUGAUAUCGUACCUUUACAACAAACUGCCUCGUAGGCGGGUGAAUAUCUUCGGCGAGGAACUGGAGAAAGCGCUAAAGGACAAGUUUAAGGGUCACUGGUACCCAGAGAAACCGUUCAAAGGAUCCGCAUUCAGAUGCCUGAAGACCGGCGACCCGGUGGAUCCCGUGCUGGAACGAGCCGCGAAAGAGAGCGGUGUACCGAUCCAGGAUAUCCUGGAGAACCUUCCGGCGGAAUUGGCCGUCUGGGUGGAUCCCGGCGAGGUGAGCUAUCGCAUCGGCGAGAUGAACGCGGUGAAGAUCCUCUACUCUGAGACUGGGGACCCUCACGACGACAGCUCGGCCGAUCGCGAGGUGACCAAGACCUUCAAUCCCGAGGCUCAGUGCUUCAGGCCCAUCGAGGCUGUCGGCACGUCACUCGGAGGGCUCAGCCUGAGCCCCAAGUCCACCUCGCCGUUCCCCAGCUCGUUGGGCAGCAACACCAGCAACGGAUCGUCCAACAACCAGCAGAACGGACACGGAUCCGGUUCCUCGUCGGCACCCUCGCCGACACCCAUCACCAGCUCGUUCAAGGGUUCGCCUAGUCCUGUGCCAGCUUUCAUCCCACGCACCACCGCCCCGCUCACCUUCACCACCGCUACCUUCGCCCAGACCAAGUUUGGCAGCACCAAACUGAAAACCAGCAGCAAACGGGCGAACAGAAUGUCUCCCACCGAGUUCUCGAACUACAUUAAGCAGCGCGCCAUGCAGCAACAGAUCCACCAUCACCAUCAUCACCAGCAGCACCAACAGCAGCAGCAGCAGCAGCAACAGCAACAGCAACAACAGCAGCAACAGCAAGCAGCCGCUGGUGGGUUACCAGUGUCGCAAAGAUCUCCCCGCAGUCGCAGCCUGUCUCCUGGAAGCAUAGUCGCCGGCGCUGGCCAACAACACACGGAUCCGAGCGCGUACUUCUUCCAGCACGGUCCGACCGCGUAUCAUCCGCAGUUCCCUCAUCGCAACAUCUUCGACUCGUCCAGCCACGGCGGUUACCUGUCCGGCGAUCUGUACACGGGCGCCAAUUUCCCGUCGUCCUACCUCGAUCCUACCACGAUCACCGGUCAUCAGUUCUACGCUGGCACCGUGAACGGAAGCAGCAACGCGGCCGGAAGCAACGGCAACUCGCAGACAGCCGGCAAUCUCGGUCCGGUCGGUUCCACCGCGGCCAACAGCAACGUGAACGGUAUCGGUCAGCAACAGGACAAGACCGCGCUGGUCGAAGGUCUGAAUAACUUCGGCCUCGGUUCCGUCGCGCCGUAUCCUGCUAGCCAGUACCAGCACCUGCUCGUAGCCAACUAACACCCCAAACGAGUGGAAACCGAGUGACUAACGCGGCUCGAGCCGCGUCUCAUCCUCGGUGUUGCUUCGUCAGACAGGAGGAAGAAGAGAGACGGAGGCCUCCUUCCGCUCUCUCAAGCGUCGAGACAUCGUCCAGAGUCUAGGUUCCGUACCCUGACCAUACCUGAUCCGCUUGCACCAUCUGAUCCGAAGGUUUCUUGCGCGUAGCUGACGAUGCCGUCGAUUCCUGCUCAUCCAUUAGUUCCCACUCUGUCUCUCUCUCCGAAGUUAACCAAAUAUCGUCGUCGCCACGGUAGCCCCAAGCCAUCACCCUACGAUCGAUCAUCGACGUCGUCGUCUCCGGCGAUGCGCCAAUCAUUCGUCUAGCUGAUUCGUUCGCUCCCGUUUUCUCGUACGAGAGGAUCCUUUUCGUCCAGAGAGGAUUCUCGUGGUGUUCAAUCGGUCCAUCGAUUCACACCAGCGACGCGAAACGUCGGGGAGGAAGAGGAGCUUCACUUCGGCGAAGAGGAACGAGCAAUUGCACCAGGUGGACGCGCGACGCGAGUUGAUGAGAAAAACAGGGAGAGAGCGAAUGAGAGAGCGAGAAAGACCGUGUGUUGGGUGCGCCUGUGUACCGAUGCGUGCUUGCAAGACGUUUAGGAGAGGAGCCAUGAGGCGGAACGAAGAGGAGGAGGGACUUUGACGCGACGGGACUCGCGAACACGAACGAGCGAUCGACUAACGUAGAGCCGCGGUGUAUACUAAUGUUCGUCAUUGAAAACCACCGACACGGACCCGGCGUUGCAACGGCGUUAGGCGUCCGUUCGACGGUAUUAGAAAAAAAAAAAAAAAUAAUGGCUGCUCCUGUUGCGUUACAGUUACGUUAAUCUAGAGCAGCCACUCGAGACGAGCACAGACAGAGUGAGAGGGAAUGACACGGACCAACGUAUCGGUUUCCAGAGUAACAAGUCGAACGAACACGCCGCGCGCCCACACCUGGGACACCUAAAACAGCCAAGAGAAACACAGACACGUGCACACGAAGUACGUAAAAUUCCACACAAGCCCAGAUUUCACACGCAACCGGACACACUCUCACCCACCAUUUACCUGGCGACACACAUUGUAUACAUAACGUACGUACAUAACACGCACCCCCUGCUGAUGGACGAUCAUCGGAUACACGAGCAGGCCGGGGUGGACACUUUAUCGCGCACGACUUCACCAACACGUACACAGAUAUUACCAACGCGUAAUAAUUUAUUUUUUCACUGGUAUAGUCGGAGAAUUGAUAAUGAAUAUAUCUGUAGAGCCUAUGUAUUAUAUUCAAGAUAUGCACUCACUUGGCGGGUUCUCGCGAAACGGUUAGGGACUACUUGUAGCCUCUGCCGAUCCGUCGACGAACGAAAGAGAAAAGCAGCCGUUAGCCGGGAACGUUGACGACCGCUCGUGCAUUCGUCUCGUUCGCGUCGAAAUACGAUACAUAUAUAUACCGGAGAACGACCAGGAGUAUCGAUACACGAAAUAAAAGACCCAGUUACGUCUGUCUGUCCGUCGUGUUUUCUCCAACGAUCGAGGAAAGGGACACGCAGCCGCUGGGCGAAGAAUCCGGCGGAGGAUUCAUUGUCGAUCGAGUCGCAGAUGGUGCUCGCGGUUCCAUACCGUUCGGAAAACUCGUCCUCGGUACGAUUUUACAUUUUAUUUUUAUAAUAAAUGCAGUAGAGCGUAGAGAGAGAGAGAAAGCAAAGGAGAAGGAGAGUAGAAAAGGAAACGAAUGGCGGCAUAUUCGCGCCGAACGAGAAAUACGGCUGAGUUGCGCGACAACUGCUCCCGACGAACCGGACUGCACGAUUUCCCUUCGACGCGAGGGUCCGAGUGAUUCUUCAGGGUUCUCCAGAAUCAUCGAGCAGCAUUCUCGUGUCGUGGAAGUUGGUGACAACCGGUCGCGGCAGUCGAGGAACUUUCCUAAUUCCGUGCUAUCGGGGCUUUCCAGCUCGCUUUAAUUUCUAGCUGUCUCAUCGAUCCUCUCUUGGCUCUGGAGAAGAGGUGACCGGCUGUCCAAACUUCCCUGUCGUAAGUUUCAAUUCUGCCGAAAGUUCGGUAACGUUCGGAGAUCGUUGGGAUCGAGAACAAAGGGCCGAGGGCGUCUUAGGCGAACAAAGGUGUCGCGGUUAGCCGUGGGCAGCGCGCAACCAGCCAGGGAUUUCCGUUCGCGAGAUUAAUUAGGUGAUUACGUUAUUAAGUCCUUCGUUGCCGUCCUCGACGGUCGAACUACGAUUCCGAUUCCUUGGAUAUUCGAAAGUGUCGCUGUGUUUCACGAGAUCUUCGCGGAGUGCCAAUGAUGGGACGAAUUUCAUUUAGAAACAAAUUUUUUACCUCUUAGUCGAAUGAAAUUAAUUUUGAACUUAAUUCAAAAGAAAAUCCGCGCGUCUGAAAAAGCGAUCAGUUUUCACUGAUUAAUCUCUAAAUUCUCUUUUUUUUUUUUAUUCGAUCCUCGGCUUCUCGAAUCGUAUCCGUUCGUCGAGACGGACAUCCGGUAGACAGCAACGAUGGCGGAGGUGCCGCGAGCCGCGGGCCGGGCACUAGGUGCUAAAAGUAUUAAAAAAGAAAAAUACAAAAAAAAAGAAAACAGUGUUUAAUCUUGUCGUCGUGGGACAAACGUACGGAAUACGCGUGACAGGAAACUGUCGACCGGCUCGCGAGUAAAAACCACCGCCCUGUACAGCGAGGAAAUACUCGGCAUUCGUCGAUCGAUCGGCUCGGUUCAGCCGCGAGUCCUCUUCUCCUUAGACUAGUUUCUUACCUUAGCGUCACUUCUAAACGCGCCGAGCGUGUAGUAUCAUUUGAAGCGUGACGUUCUCAUCGUUUUUUCGUACGAAUUUUUGAUAUAGCCCGUUUUGUAUACGAAUGACGAGCAACUUCCGGUACCGUCGGUCGCGAUCGACCGUCGUACCCGUCUGAAUCGCGAGCGAAAGAUCGACGAACACGCGAAUUUCUUCACCAGAAGUGAUUGAUACUUUUAUCUAAGCCUGUUAAUCGAACUUGUACUAAGAAUAUUUCCUCUACAAAAAAAAAACUGUUCUUACUGCGGUCUACUAACGAUGUUAAUUAUAAAUGAUCGAUGUUAAACAGUCACUUCCUAGAAAUUAAUCUGGUGGACGAGCGAGCAAGUCGGCAGACGAUGUUUCCGGUCGCGUGGGGGGGUGCUAAACAAGUUUUUAAACUGCGGAACUAAUAAGGGUAGUAGAAAGGGGGGAUGAGAUCCGCGAUGGAAUAGAGGCGAGUGGUGAGAAGACGAGAGGAACAGUACCCUUUAGUAAUAUCUAAACUUAAUUGUAACUAUUAACGAUACGUACGACUGUGGUAGCUAUGCUAGUACCUGCUAUUGUUAAAGAGAGAAAGAGAGGGAGAGAGAGAGCGAGGAAAGCACGUGAAAGAGAGAAAGUGAGGGAGAGGUAGAGAGCGAAAGAGAAGUCGAAAGAGUGAUCGAGAGGAUUUGGGAAAUUUGUGGAUUGAUUUUAAACGAAACCAAUGUCCAUCCGUCGGAGUUUCGAGAUCGUUAGAUCGAUCAUCGUUGAUUUCCUCGCGAUAAAAUAUAACAUUCGCGACGGUGAACGAUGGAGAAUUCGAUCGCGGACAGCUUCGAGACGAGAAGGACGAGCAUCGGAGAGGGAGAGACAACUCCUCGCGCCGAUUAUUUUUCUAAUCUUUGUAAUCGCCAACGAAAGAAAGGGUUUCUCGAGUACGGGAAUUCUUUGAAAAAUCCUCCGUUCGACCGGAAGAAGAUCCUAUUAGAGACGAUUUGUCGCGUCGUGAAUGGUGGUCCUAGCGUCUCGAGGCGACGCGACUCGCCGGGAUAAUCGAUGAUGCCGGAAAGGGUUGAGAGAGAGAGAGAGAGAGAGGAGGCAAGCGUUGCAAUAAGUUGCGAAUCAAAUGUGGAUCUCGGCUUGAGACGAGAGGCUCAGCUCAGCGAAGAAUCAAACACACACAUACACACACACACACACAUAAAAUUUACACAUACGAUGUAUACUCUUUUUAGCAGAAGAGAAAAUGGUGCGGGAUUGAAAUGGAAAUCGGGAAGGAGGGGAGAAAAGACGGAUGUAAAAAGGGAUAUAUUGAUAGAGCAUACAUUGAAGAUAUACAAAAGAUAAACAUAUAGUAUUAUACGAUUACAAUACGAUUGUAAUGAAACACUUUGUAAGCCAGGAAACAAACAGAAAAAGAAAAAAGAAAUUACGCAUAGUUUUCCAUAAUCUGUAAUGGAUGUAUUCGUUAACAAAAAAAUGAAAAAAAGAAAAAAAACAGAAAAAGACGAGGGCGGGAAGUUAAGGUUUAAUUACACGGGCACACACAUACGUACACGUACACAUACACGCCGUUCGAAGUAACUCGGGUACACGACACAAGAAGUAAAAGAAAAAGAACAAAAAAAAAAAAAA